AUGAAUAAAGACUUGCGGAGAAGGCGGUGCGAGGAGCGCGGCCGCCGGGCCGAGGCGUGCGCGCUCGCGUCCCGGUGGCGCCCGGCAGCCCUGGCCGACAGAGGAAGCCCCCCGUACCUUCUGGGUUGGCUUGGGUCGGAAGUGCUAAGAUGGGGGCCGUCCUUCGCCCGGGGGCAGGGGCGCAGGGAGCCAGGCGGUGCGGAGGGAGGAAGGAGCGACGAGGUCAGCGGAAACCUGGGGCUUCCAAGGCUCCUGGGGCACCACAGGGCUUCCCGCAGUCGGGAUGAGCCCCGGGGAGGAGCCUUUUGCGAGAACGUGAGCGCGCCCCAACACGCCUCAGACCUCAUAAACCCACUUGGCAAAGCCCGGGGCGGCUGGCGGAACGACUGCGGUGAACUCAAGAAAUUAACCUGCGCUACAAUUAAACGGGCGGCUGCCCUUUCGGACUCACCUCGAGCGACCGAGAUAGAGAGAGCUCCCGAACCCGCCGCGGGGGGACCUGGCUCCACCCUCCCGUCCCAGGAGAAGAGGACAAAAAGGGGAGAUGGACUUGGAGAUGGCCCCGCCCUUCAAACGCUCCAAUCCUUGGAAACCAAACCUCCUCUCCAAGCCUCCACGUCUGGAAGGGACAAAGGCAGCGAGGAGAUCCAGAGACUGAUGGGGAGGUGGUGGCUUUCGGGCUGCAGAUGGGGCGCGUUGGGGGAAAGGUACAAUGGCUAAGUUUCCAUCCGAAAUACUGCAUCACGGGAUGGUCUUUAGAAGAGACACCCGGUCUUCUGGUUUAGAAGCAAACUGACUUCCUG